AUGGAAUUCUUUGAUUUUCGAUGGAAAAAUAAAGAUUUUACUGAGGAUUCGUUGGACAAAUCUACUCGAGGAUUUGACUUUACGCCAUCCCAAUUGUCCCAUGCAAGGCAGACUGAUCCUGUCAGAUCUAUGUCCCGGAAGCCAAUUAAUUGGGAUCAAAUUGAGGGGUGGAUUGAAGAAUACGACAGCAAAUUCAACCACCUCAUACCUGAACGCUUCUUUGUCCUUCCGAAACAGUUUCGUGUUAUAGAUGUUGAAAAAGACAAGGUUAUUUUAGCACCUGAUCACUGUGACUUUGUCGCGCUGAGUUAUGUAUGGGGGGAGAUAACCAGCGACCUGAUGCUGUGUGUCAGCAACGUUCAGCAGCUUGCCAAAGAUUUUUCUAUCUCUAGAAUAGAUAUUCCAGCAACUAUCAAAGAUGCCAUGAUAGCCUGUGCAAUGAUUGGCAAAAGAUAUCUUUGGGUCGACCGCCUCUGUAUUGUGCAGGAUGAGAGUGAUGACAUCAAACUGGCUCAGAUAGAGAGAAUGGGUGAUAUCUACUCAUCUGCAUUCUUGACCAUAGUAGGAGCGUGUGGGAACGACGCAAGAAGUGGCCUAGCAGGGAUUGAUGGCAAGACCCGGACCACAGCACCCUGGGUCAUCUCUUUGCACAAAAUAGUUUUAGUAGAAGCUGUGUUUCAUCCAUUCCGUGGAGAACCGGAGGCAAUUCCAAAAUGGUACACCAGAGCGUGGACUUUCCAAGAGCUUGUUCUCAGCUCUAGAUUACUUAUAUUCACAGAAUUCGGAGUAUAUUACAUGCGCAACCCAAAAGAUAAGUUCAACGGUAAUGAUGAGAGUACUUUUGAAUUUCUAUCUAACGGUUUUUUGAGUCUUGAAAUAUACGAAUUUGAAGCUCGCAAUAUCCACAGGUUAAUAGAGACAUAUUCAAAACGGUACUUGACCUAUGAUGCAGAUAGAAUCCAAGCGUUCUCAGGGAUUUUUAAUCAUCUUGGAAUUCGUCAUCAAUCAGGAAUGUCUUGGAAUGAAUUCGAUGAAAAUAUUUUUUGGCGGCCGUGUUUGUGGAAGCAAGCUAGUCAAACUCUCGGUUCUAGUGAAGCUACUACAUCAUUCCCAACUUGGUCAUGGAGUUCAGUCGCCGGACCUCUUAGAUUUGGUAGACAUUCUCACAGUGUGCCGGUAACGACUUGGGCUCAUUUCUCACUGGCAGAGGGCAAUUUUGUCAUGUUGAUUCCACCUAAAGUGGAACGCUACGGAUGGCACCAAUUAGCUCAUACAGAAAGGUUCUAUAAUCUCGAGCACUGGAUCAAUCUUCGUGAUUAUACCAAUGCAGCUCUUAUACCUGGACGUUUGUUGCUAUUGACCCAAACUGCUAGGUUACGUUUAGAAUGUUAUGGCACAUUUUCUGGCGAGCCUGAAUCACCAACUGAGUUUUCUCUAUGGAAUGAAGAUGAACAAUGGACUAGGAUAGUUCAGCUCUCGAAAUAUGAUGCGGAAACGGUCAUGCAGAUGUGUAAAGGUGGCAACAAGGCUUUCUUUGACUUUGCUUCUAUUUCCAUUACCGGUAUACGGGAUGGUCCGAGUCCGCUUUACGGAUUUUUUUGA